AUGUCGGGCCGCAGGGACGUGAAGGUGGUGUUCAUCGAAAUUAGCGAACUGUGCUGCGCUACCAAGGUGAACGAUAAACAAAUUAUCUUCUGUAACAACUUCCAACGGGACGAGCCUCCUGCUGUGGGUCGCCGUCGCGGUCUUGGGCCAUCAGUUCCUCGUCGUUUGUCAACCGGUGCGGAAGGUUGUUUUCGGAUAGUGGCAGCGGUAGCGGUCGAUAGUAGUCACUUGCUGGAUUUUUUGCUGAUUGAUGAGUCUGUGAGUCCUGCGUCGGAGUUGGAACCGGAGGCGGAAAUUGGUCGCCUGGUGGAACUUCCGGCUAGCGGUCCGGCCGCUUGGAGUGAUUGCAGUGACAAUUCCGGUGGUGUACGGCUAGUGCUGGGCAGUAGUAGUAAUAGUGCUGGGAUUAAAGCAAGUGGUGAACGUGGAAGAAGAGCUGGGCAAAGGUGGCAUCCAGAUAGCCAAGGAUUACCGAAAGGGAAUUUCAGGCGAACCUCGCUGGGAAGUGAUUACUUUGAGCAGUUCUGUGUAAAGUGUCGGAUUUAUCUGUUGGAAAACUUUCAAAAGUUUCGGAGCAACUUUUCGAUCAUGUCACGUUUGGGCGGCAAGGAAUGCGCGCCCAGUAUAGCGUCGCGCCAUCUAGGUGAAGGCGGUGGCGGCGCAGGAGGAGGAGGAGGUGGGAGUUCCGGCGAUCGUAAGAAGCCUUUCUCUCGUCCGUUCAGCAAGUCUCGCCUGGAAGCACCGACUGCCAGUGGUAGCGGCAGAAUGUCCAGUCCAUCACCGACGGAUACCGGCUGCCUUAUGCGGCAGAACAACGAGCUGCGUCAGCGUUUGCAGGAGGAAGCCACCACCUACCGACGCCGGCUGGAGACGUACAAGCAAGCGCAAAACAACCAAGCCGCUCUGGUAAGUCGUCUACAGGCAAAGGUCCUACAGUACAAGCAGCGUUGCAGUGAGCUGGAGACGACUCCCACGUCGAGCACUUGCCCAAGCUACAACACCAACAGGGAUCACUCUCCGGGUAGACAUCACGGUCCACCAGCGUCGGCGGUGGCACCUUGCAGCAGUUCGGGUGCCCCACUCAGCUUGCCGCCGUGUCCGGUGGCCCGAGAGCGUUCCCGGUCGCGAUCUCGCUCGCAGUCCCCGUGUCGCAAGUACGCCGACGGAAGCCACGACGAAGUCCGCCAUCAGCUUGAUGAGGAACGACGAAGAUGCGAAAAACUACUGGUCGAGAACUCCUGCCUGCGGCAGCAGUUGGAGGAGUCCCAUCGAACCAACGAAGCACUGACCAACGAUCUCCAAAAGCUUACCGUCGAUUGGGAAAGCUUGCGGGAUGAACUACUGAGCAAGGAGGACGAGUGGAAGGAGGAGGAGCAGGCCUUCAACGAUUACUACAACAAUGAACACACCCGGCUGCUGAAAAUGUGGCGCGAAGUGGUCAACGUGAAACGCAUGUACAAAGAGAUGGUCUCCACCACCAAGGUGGAACUCGGCCGGAUGCAUCUGGAGCUGUCCGGUACCGGCCGGGAGGUGGUCGGUGCCUGCAGCGGCGUUGCCGUCAAUAUGAAGCAGACGUCAAAGAUUGAGGAAGCCCAACAGAUGCACAUCGAACGGGAGAACCUGGAUCUCAAGUCGCAGCUCGGCGACCUUCGAAUGCAGCACGAAAAUGCCAAGCUAGAGAUUGCCCAACGUGAUCAGCGUCUGCAGCAGAUGCUUCAAGAUCUCAAGCUCAUGGAGGAACGCUACGUCCAGGUGGAGAGCCAAGCCGGACAAACACAGCGUCUCAACGACGAGUUGGAGCGCCUGCAGGGCGCCUUGCGCGACAUUGCCCAUGCCGUGGUUCAGGACGCGGAAACUUCGGCCACAGCCGAAGCGGACACAUCCACCCAUCAUUUGCACCUGUCGCAGUCGAGUGGUAUGCCGGCCCCGCCCCGUUCCCCGAAACGGGGUACCAUACGUUCGUCGCACGCGUUUGCCGAGGGAACGAUUUCGGCGGUGCAGGCUGCUCUGCACAAGUACCAACUGGCGAUCCACGAUCUACAGGUUAAGUUGCAAACGAACACCGAUGCGCUGGCCGCUACCAGGAAGCAGUUCGAGAACUGUGAACACACACGGGACGUGCUGACCGGGAAGGUGGGUGAGCUGACCGAGAAGCUGGACUCGGCCAACCAUCAGCUGUCGGAGCUGUACAAGGAACGGGACAGCCUGCAGAAAACGCUGGACGGUCUCCGGACGGAUAAACACAGCGUCGAGAGGGGCAAGGCGGAACUGAAUUCGAUUGUCGACAGUUUAAACACUGACUACGAGAAGCUGCAGAAUGUGAACAGUAAGUUGCAAAAGAUGUACGACUCCCUGGAGGAGGAAAAGAAGAUGCUGGAAUGUGAGUUGCAGCGGGUGCAGAAGGAUAAGGAUAUUCAGGAAAUGAGUCUAAGAGCCGAGGAGGAGCGUUCGAGCAGACUGCGCGAAGAAACCAUCACCCUGCGAGAGGAACUGAACAAGCUCUACCUGUCGCGUGACUUGCUCGAACAGCAACGUAUCGAAUCGGACGGGCUGCUCAACAUGAUUGAGAAGCAAAAGAUCGAACUGGAAUACGAACUGGAUCGGAUCAUCAACGAGAAGGACGGUCUGCAUAUGACGCUGGAGAAAAAGAGUUCCUCCAACGGGCACCUGGAGGUGGAAAUAAAACAGCUCAAGGCGGGCAUCUUUCAGCUGGAAGACGAGCGGAACCGUUUGAAGACGCAGGUGUCCGACCAGGGAGUGGAUCUAGCGGCACUGAAGAAGGAGCUGAUCUCUGCCGAGCAGGCCAGGUUGGAACUGGAUUCGGACAAGUUGGCCAUCAGCGAACGGUUGAAGUGCCUGGAGAUGGAGAAGGAUAAGAUUGACCAGGACUUGAGCUGUGUGGCUCGGGAGAGGAACGAUUUGAGCAAUCAACUGGCGGCAAUUUCCCGCAAGAAGGAGACCAUUGGGGAGGAAGUGAUGCGCUUGAGACAGCGACUGGAGCAGGCCAACGAAAUGAACGCCAGAUUGAACCGAAAUCUGGAGGAUCUGGUCAAGGAUAGCGAGGAAAAGGCGGUUGUCAUCGAGGGGCACGAGAAGGAGCUGCAGAGGUUGCAGGAGCAACUGGCGUCGCUUCGCAGCGAAAAGGAUUCCCUCGAGGCGGUGCUGUUCGACACCAACACGUCCCUCGAGGAAGCCGAAGCCCGGAAGGAUGCCCUCGAGCGGGAAAAUCAAGAUCUCCUAAUCAAACAGGAAUCGCACAAAGCACUGAUUGCUCGCUUGAACAAGGAUUUGGAAAACACCGAACGUCGGGCGCAGGACAUCAAAAUACAGCUGACCAAUGCUGCCGCCAAUCAGGAGGCGGAAUUCCUCCAAAAGUUGUCCAAUUUGCGUACCUUCGGGGAGGAGAACAUCAAAAAGCUGAACGAAGAAAAGGAAGCGAUUCGCAAUUCGUUGGAAAAGCGAAUGAGCCAAACCUUGCAGGCGUUGGAAAACUGCAAGGACACCGAGAUCCACGCACUGAAGGACCAGUUUGAAGCGCUUCAAAUGCACCUGGAAGCACUCAACCAGCAGCACGAGGAGGUGAUUCUGCGGGCGGAAAACGAGAAGCAACAGGCCCUGCUGAUCGCCCACCGGGAUAAGCAAGCGGUGAUGGAGAAGUUGGACCUGGUCACGCGGGAGCUGAAGGUGGAACUGGACAACAGUGACCGGUUGAAGCGUGAGAUGAGCGCUCGGCAGGAGAAGGAUCGGACGACGAUCGGCUGCUUGCGGGACGAGAUUACCAAGAUGCGUACCAAAAUGGAGGAGGCAAGGAUUCGCGCCGAGGAGGAGCUCAAUCGGUUGGAGGUGAUACAGGGUGCGCUACGGGAUGAGAAGGACACGGCACUGAAGGAGAUCGAGGAGUUGAAGGUCCAGGUCCGGCUGACGGAGGACCGAUGCGACGGGGUCAGUUUGCAGCUGCAGGACACGCAGCGGAAGCUGAAAGAAGCGGAGAACUGUAUCGAUGCGACCAGAAAGGACCUAACCGAUACGCGCAGAACACUGGCAGACAGCAACAUCGAACGAGACAAGUACGCUAACAGCAACAAGGAACUGCGAGGCCACGUGAAACGGGUCGAGGGACAACGCCGGGAGCAGGCUAGAUCUAUGGACGACGCACUACAGAAGAUUGCAGGACUCGAGGAAUCCCGGAACCUGCUCGAACAGGAAAAGGUUCGUCUGCAGACCAUUCUCAAGGAGACGGAAAACAACAUGACCAAGCUCAAUCAGGAUCUGUCCACUGCCCAGACGGAUAUUCACAAGUUCCAGUCCCAAACGACGCAGAACGACGCAGCCGAAAAGGAGCUACAGGCUCGACUAACCAACGAAUCCGAAGAGAAGGAACGUAUCGUGCAGGAACUGCAUCAGAUCAAGAAACAAAUGUCCGAUUUGGAGGGUUCGCUGUGUGCUACUCGUCAGGAGCUGGCCCGAGCUCGGUGCAAGGCGAAUCAGGACGAACACCGGUUCCACCAGCGAGAGCAAGAGCUUUGCACUCGCAUAGAGGAAGGUAGGGGUCGAGAAAAGCGGUUGGAAGAUCAGAAACACAAUCUGGAGGUCUGCUUGGCCGAUGCUACCCAGCAAAUCCAGGAGCUGAAGGCUCGGUUGGGUGGUUCGGAGGGUCGAGUUCGCGCUUUGGACGAGCAGUUGGCACACUUGGAGGUUAUCAAGAAGGAAACGGAGAAUAAGCUGAGCUCGAUUGGGCAUACGUUGAGAAGGAUUGCCGGAAUUCAGAUGGAUGGAUCGGUCAGUUUGCCGUACCGACUGCUGAGUCCAUCAAGAAGAUAUAGCCCGGCUCGUGGUCGCAGCGAUCGGGAUGAGUUCCAUCAUCAUCACCAUCAUCACCAUCAGCAAGAAACCAGAAGCCUCUCCGGGGACAAUGCAAUCAUCGACGUCGAUCCGGAAACGGUACGCAAGGGAGUGCGCACCUUGAUGCAACAGGUUGCGCAAAUCGAACGCGAGCGGGACGAUUUCAAGAUGCAGCUGUGCACGGCGAAGAAGCAACUGCACGAUAGCGGUGACAAUCAGAUGCGAUUGGAAGGUAAGAUUUGCAAGUUGCAGCAGCACAAUCGGGCUAUUCACGAAGAUAAGACCAAUUUGGAGGCCAAACUGGCACAGAAAACAACUGCGCUGCAGACAACGGAGGAGACGCUGCGCCAAAAGAGCGAUGAUUUAAAUAUAACACGAGAGAAGGCCGCUCAUUUGGAGCAAUCUCUUGGAUCAACCACUGAGGAGAAGAACCAAUUUGAGGAACGUUUAGAAAAAUGCAGACAGAAUGCUUGUCGUUUGGAAUCGGACAAGCGACACCUGCAGGAUGAAUUGGCUCGUACUGAAGGUCGCGCUUCGAAGUUGGACCUCCAGCGGGUCGCUCUGGAGGGAGACAUCCAGCGCUUGCAGAUGGCUUUGCAAGAGAAGGAUUGUACCAUCAGAAACCUCCAGGAGCGUUUGGAAAAUCAGCAAAGAUCUGGAACUCAACUUGAGGAUCGUUGUGCUGCGCUCAAGAGUACUGUCGACCAAUUGAAGGAACGGCUGCAGGCGGCAGCCAUUACCGAAACCGAAUUGCGUGGAGAAAUCGCCGGGUUGCACCGUCACAAUACCGACCAGGGUCAUACGUUUUCACUGGGACAGGACAAGCUCAAGCAGUUGCAGAAAUCGUUGACCAACAGUGAAAACGAACGUCGAGUGCUUUCGGAACGUUUGGACGCUUCGCAGCAUACCAUGAAUGAAUUGAGACGCAAUCAACAGGCGGUUCAAGAUCAAACGCAACGCUUGCAGGAGCAAGUGGCUGAGUGUGAGGUUCAGAAAUCGGCACUGGAGUCACAGCUGAGACUGGCCAAGUGGAAUCAGGAAAAUGCCGAGCAAUUCGGUAGUGGUACCGGUGGAGACCAGGAUCUUGCUCGACAGCUGGUCAACUCACAGAGAGAUCGUACUGAGUUGAAAAAUAAGCUCGAGGCCAUGAAAGAGAAGGUGCGUCACAUGGAGAACGAGAAACUUGGUUUGGAAAAGAGCGGCAGCAAAUUCUCCGGUCAGGUUCAGUUUGAUCGUUCGGAAAAGAGCGGCUUUGGGGAUUCGGGAGAGUUUGAUUCGAACCGGUUGGAGUCUAGUGGUUACGGAGUUGGCGGUUCCGGCGGUGGGAAAUUCAGCUGUGGUCUCGAUCACGCUCAGAUAGAGCAGGAAAGUCGUGAGCUGCGCAUGAAGGUGCGUCGCAUGGAGACACUGUUGGCUGAGAAGGAAGCGGAAUUGGCUCGGGCCAAGGCAAAGAUGUUGGAAUCUCCGAGCAAGUCCAGCACCGGAUACGGUGGUGGAGGUGGUGGCAGUGGCGACGUCGAUCGCCAUCGGAAUGCGCAGAUUCAGGCCGAGCGACUGUUGGAUGCUAGGGAACAAUCGCAUCGGCAGCAGGUGCUCCGGUUGGAGAAUCAAAUUUCCAUGUUGCGGGAGCAACUGGCUCAGGAGGCGAAGCGUCGACAGAUGUACAUUCUGAGGAGCUCACGAGCCGGAAGGGAGAUGCAACAUUUGCGGCAAACGCUUGGAGAUUCGUUGAGAAACGUAACGCAGGAGCCAAUCGAUUCUUCGCUGUUGGAGAGCGAAGCUAGAAGAUUGGAUAGCGCUGUGUCGAUGAGCUUGCCUCCAACUUCCAGCCGAGAUUUGGAUCGGAGUUUGAGCCCCACGUAUCGUUGAUGUCGUAGGUGUUGAAUAAUAUUACACUCGAAACAGUUUGGAUCCGUCUAUGGUUAGGAAUUUUACAGAACCCAAACCAAGGAUUAUAGUUGUUAACUCCUUGAUCACUGCUAGCUGGUAACGGGUGACAACCGUUCGUGACAAGCAAAGUGUUCAUGUUAUGUGGAAACCAAAGCACGGGAUCAUAAUUUUAUCUAGUCCGUAGAUUGCGAAGUCUUAAAACUAAAAUUGAGAUCGAUAAAAUCACAUAAAAUUGACAACGUACAAAAAAAAUCCACAUGGAGUUUAGUUGUAAAAUUGUUCGGGACGUAUCAAAUUAGAAUGCAUUAUGUGCGUUGCACUCAGACAUUCAAUCGAAAUCAAAGUAUUAUUUUUCUGCAGUGCAGUGAAUUCAUCACUCGGUGCACUCGCUCAUUGAUGAGUGCAACGAUGAAUUUGAGUUCAUGCACUGACGAAAAUUUGGCAGGAGAGCGGGGCAAUGUUUACUAAAAAUGAACACUAAGGCUGCGUUCCAUUUGGUGAAUUUUCACUUAAAUUUGACAGAUAGAAAAUUUUCAAAUAAACCUGCUAUUGUACCAGACUUAUUUCUGACAGACCAGGAAUCAAUUUUGACAAACACCUUCUCGAAAAUAGGAUGAUCAACAACAGAGGGAUUUUCGAACAUCUUAAUUUAUUUUCGAAGUGUCAAAUUUAAGUGAAAAUUCGCCAAAUGGAACACAGCCUAAGGCUGUGUUCGAUUCGGUGAAUUUUCACUUAAAUUUGACAGAUGGAAAAUUUUCAAAUAAAGCUGCUAUUGUUCCAUACUUAUUUCUG